UUACGGCAGAGGGAAAAAUGUUCCACAUGGCCUCAAACCAGGCAGGAGCUGGACCGUGUGUUUGAGGUUUGGAGUUACGCCGGAGUGUGCAAGAUUAAAGUCGCGUUACAUGCGCAGUUGGCACUUUAACAGAGGUAGAAAUGGGUAAAAGUAAAACCACUAAGUUUAAACGUCCGCAGUUCAACGCGGUGGGGCUGCCGGCUAAUGCCGUGAAGGAAGCCGAGCCUGAGGAAGAAGAGCACGGGGAUGAUAGCUGUCCAGCUGCGGAGUUGCUGGAGAAAUUGCAGAGUCCCAGUGCGGAUGUGCGAGAGUUUGCAUGUGCCAGCAUUUCUCGGGUGGUGCAGCAGAGUCAGACCAUCCCAGGUUUCCUCCAGAGGGAUGCUGUGAGGCGCCUGGGGCCCAUGCUGCUGGACAGCAGCCUGACUGUCAGGGAGACUGCCACCGGAGCACUGAGGAAUCUGAGUGCAUGUGGAGGUCAGGAGGCGUGUGAGGACAUGGUGAAGCACGACGUCAUGACUCCUCUGACAGCACUGCUUAGAGAGUGUUGUGCUAGUUUUGAGAGCGCUGUCGUGCCGAUGAAAGACCAGAAGAACGCAGUGGAGGAUGUAGCCAACGAGGCUGUGAACCUGCUGUGGAAUCUAUGUGAGAGCAGCAGCCAGGCGCUGUCUGUGUUUAACAAAGCGGGUCUCCUGGAUGUGGUCGUUCAGUGUCUGGAGAGACACCCCUACAACGUGGAACUGGCAAUAUCUGCUGCGCACUGUUUGCACACUGUGACUGAGGAUAACCCAGAGCUGCUCUGUAGCUUGAACACUGCUGUGCUUGGAGUCCUGGAGAAUGCGUUGCUGUCAUCUCAGCCAGGCAUGGCACACACUCUUCUCAGGGCCUUGGCUGCAGGGACUCUGUGGAACAUGAAGGGCAGUUUGCCUGCUGCCCGUCAGGCCCAGACCCUCAACGCUGUGGUGGCCACCUUGUCACAGUGCCUGGCUCUGGACACGGGUACGCUGAUACCUGAACUCAGACAAGCAGAAGAGGUUCGUCACAGAAACACACCAACUGCACCAGACAUAGAAGACGAGGCAGCAGGAGAACUUGCUGUGGAGGAGAUGGACGAGGAGGAGGAAGCUCCUAAACACAAGAGGAAAGGAAAAUCUGUGAGGGCUGAUAACGACUUCUCUGACCUCUUGCCUAGGGGCAAGGAGGAGCUGAGGGAGGCAACAGCCUUGCUGACAGCCCAGCAGACGUCCUUAGAGAUCAUCGUCAACAUGUGCUGCUCUGACGACCCUUCUGACGACGAGUGGGAGGAGGAGUCGAGCAGCGACGAAAGCGACAUGGGUCCGGAUGGACUUUGUGAUGGAGUGUCCAAUCUUAUGUCUCCACUGUGUUUGUCAGCCGAGGUUCACUCAGCCUUGAUCAACCACAGCAUCCCUGAAAAGGUCCUUAAAAAGACAGAGUUCCCCAGAAAGGAAGCCAUGGAUGUGUGCCAUCAGAAUCCCUCCUGGAGAAACCUAAUAAAAAAGAUGCACCGUGUGCAGUCCCGGGCGCUGACAUGCCUCCACAGCAUCCUCUCCACAAUGGAUGCCGAGUCUCUGGGAGGAGCGGCAGCCCUGCAGGGUGCAGCGCAGCACCUAUCCAUGCUAGUUUUUGGUGGAGCAGAGAUACCCAAAGAUGAGGAGUUCCUAGAGGCCGUCAUCAGCGCCAUGCGGUCCCUUUUACAGAUGAUUGCCUCCAAAAAUAUCUCCCAGUGUAUGACCCCCCAGCAGCUGAUGAGCCUGAGCGAAGCAGCCACCCGCUGUGAUGUUGUCAGUGUGAGGGUCAAUGCCGUCGCCAUUCUAGGCAUCACCGGAAGCACAUUAGCCAAAGAGAAGGGCACUGCCGAAACCCUUCAGAUGAUUGGAAACGCCUUACUCGAAGUUGCCACAAGGGAUGCCGACCUGGUUGUAAACGGAGAAGCCCUUGACGCCUUGUUUGAUGUUUUUGCGGAUGGAGACGAGGCGGAGACGGCUGCUAAAAACAUCCAGUUACUACCUGCACUGAAGGCCCUUCAGCCUGUCUUCAAGGCCAAGAUUCGUAAAGAAGGAAGAGGCAAGUACAGCCCGCAGCAGCUGUGUGUGUUAGACAACAUCAAAGUCAACUUGAGAAGAUUCAUUGGUUAUCUGGAGAAGGUCGUAAAAAAAUGAGGACUUUGAGUACUUGACAUUGUGAUCAGUUGAACCUGUACAGUUUGGACAGAUAUGCUUGCAGGAGCAUAGAAUGAAACAGACUAUGGUUGUUAAACCAUCAACUAUUUAUUAUGUUGGUAGUAAACCACUUUCCCCCUGCAUGGUUUCAAUGUUAAUAUUUUCUAAAUAAUGAUUUACUAUUUUACUUUUAGUGAUGUGAAAAAUUUGUUGUGAAGAAAGACGGGGUGACAUCUAUCAUUAGUUAUUAGUUACUGCAAGAUGCAAUAAAGAGAGGUUUUUAUGUCUGCUCCCUCAGUUGGUCAUUCAACCCAAAAUGGUUGUCACACUUGAAUUUGUAUAUUUUCAUGUCCCCCAGUAACCUGUUUAUAAGCUCAGGUGUGGAGAACUGACACCUGGCUUUAACAUGUGUACCCUUAUUUUUGUCCCAUGUUUCAAUGGACCCAAACACUGAUGUUUGCAGUUCUUCUACAAGGUGUAAUAGGCAGAUCUAUUUGAAAUUGCAGGCCCUUAUAGGAAGGAUUGUACUAUCAGCUACUUCAUGAAUAGUGUGGAUAUUGUGUAAUAGAAUCCUAAUUUUGUUGAGAAAGAAAUUGGCACUUGCUUAAAGAAAAAAAAAAUUACAUUGUCAUUUCAGUAACUUACUAAGCUGACCACGUUUGGCACACUCACUGCCAAGGUUGAGAUUAAAUUAGUGUAUUAAGUUUAUUAAGACCUUUAGGAAUACGCACAUAUUCUCUACCUCUACCUCUCUGUGCUUCCUCCACCUCCCAUCUAUGCGAGGCACUGCUCCUAUGCUGACACUGGUAACUUAUGAACUUUUUCUGUCUGCAAGUCACCACAGCAGCCAACUUUUGUAUCAUAAAGUUAAUUGCCCAAACUGAAAAUAGAUUGGGUGUCACUAACACCAAUAAUGUAAUAAUCAGCCAGCCUCCAGAAUUUCUGCUGCAAGUGACGGUCCUACUCUAAACUCUCCAGGUUUGAAAGAACGUAAAUCCGGGAUCUGUUUUGCACCGGAUCCAAAGUUUAUCAUGCUUUUAGUAACUGACAAAUUCAACUCAUUAGCUUUCAUUAAUGCAGGAAAUGGUAAAGAUUCAAUGGUGACAUGCACCCGUGAAUGGCAUUUACCUAAAUGUCAAAAUAAACAGAGUGAUAGUCACUCUGUCAGUCAGACACAGCUUCUCUGGGUUCCCACAACUUUUCAGGGGAAUGUCGACUAAAAUCGCAUAUCAUUGAUUUAAAAAAAAAAAAACGAGAUAAAUUUGAGGGGAAAUAUGUCAUAGACUAUGAAUUGAUGUGUUUUUGAAAUAAAUCCUGAUUUCGUAAGCCUU